CGGUAGCUGUCAGAUAGUAGAGAGAGAGUGAGAGAGAGGCAGAGAGAGGAGAGGACACCCACCCUGGUCGCUUCGUCUUUCUAUAUCAAACCCUCCGUCACUUGAAGCGCCUGCUAAAGAGGCAUUUCACCGCUCCACCGGCCGUCUAGCUGCUGGGCGGACCCGAACUUUACACGCAGAAAUUAGCACCAAAAAAACCCAAAACAUUUUUUAUUCCGAGCUUGAGUAAAGAGAAGAAACGAGAGACAGGGGAGAGACAUGGCCACGACAACCUGUACGCGAUUCACAGACGAGUAUCAGCUAUACGAGGAGCUGGGGAAGGGAGCCUUUUCAGUGGUGCGCAGAUGUGUUAAGCUGUGUACAGGACAGGAGUAUGCCGCCAAAAUAAUCAACACCAAAAAGUUAUCUGCAAGAGAUCACCAGAAGCUGGAGCGAGAGGCUCGGAUUUGUCGCCUGUUGAAACACCCCAACAUUGUUCGUCUUCAUGACAGUAUAUCAGAGGAGGGCUUCCACUACCUCCUGUUUGACUUGGUGACCGGAGGUGAACUGUUUGAGGACAUCGUAGCCAGAGAGUAUUACAGCGAGGCCGACGCCAGUCACUGUAUCCAUCAGAUUCUAGAAAGUGUCCAUCACAUUCACCAACAUGACAUAGUGCACAGGGACCUGAAGCCAGAGAACCUGCUCCUGGCAAGCAAAUGUAAGAACGCUGCAGUGAAGCUGGCCGACUUCGGCCUGGCCAUCGAGGUGCAGGGGGAUCAGCAGGCCUGGUUUGGAUUUGCUGGCACACCGGGGUACCUGUCCCCUGAGGUGUUGAGGAAGGAGGCAUAUGGCAAACCUGUGGACAUCUGGGCCUGCGGGGUGAUCCUCUACAUCCUGCUGGUGGGUUACCCUCCUUUCUGGGACGAGGACCAGCACAAGCUGUACCAGCAGAUCAAGGCUGGGGCUUACGAUUUCCCUUCCCCAGAGUGGGACACAGUCACCCCAGAGGCCAAAAACCUGAUCAACCAGAUGCUGACCAUCAACCCAGCCAAAAGGAUCACCGCUCAGGAGGCCCUCAAGCACCCAUGGGUCUGCCAACGAUCCACAGUGGCGUCUAUGAUGCACAGACAGGAGACCGUGGAGUGCCUGAAGAAAUUCAAUGCCAGGAGGAAACUCAAGGGGGCCAUUCUUACGACCAUGCUGGUUUCUCGAAAUUUCUCUGUGGGCAGCAGGCAGACCACCGCUCCAGCCUCUGUCACUGCGGCCGCGGCAGCGGUGGCUGCAGCCGCCGGCACCACCGCGGGGCUGGUGGAACAAGCAGCUAAGACCUUGCUCAACAAAAAGGCAGAUGUCAAGAAACGCAAGUCCAGCUCUACUGUCCAGUACAUGCCCCAGACAAACAGCACCAAAAACAGCAUAGUCACCAGCCCCAAAGGAAACAUCCCUUCACCUGCUCUGGAACCUCAGACAACCGUCAUCCAUAAUCCAGUGGACGGAACAAAGGAGUCAUCGGACAGCAGCAACACCACUGUGGAGGAUGAAGAUGUGAAAGCCGCUGCAAAGUUUGCUGACCUGCUGGGCUCAGUGCGCAGGGGCUCAGGGCCCACGUCCGACGGGGAAGGGAGAUCCUGCACACCACCUCCCGCCGCCCUCUCCGCCCCCUCCCCUCCACACACCCCUGUUGUCCCCAUGCAGAUGUCCCGGCUCACAGACCUGGUAAGCAGCGUUCGCAGGGUGCCCGUGGCCCCUGCGCCUGAGAGUGAUGCUGCACCGGCGCCGGUACCCAGCGCCAGGCCCGCCCCUCCACCUGCACACACUACUUCCCCACCUCCCCCUCACUCCCCCUCGAGCCCCUCCCUGUCUUCCUCCCAGACACGCAAACAAGAAAUUAUCAAGAUCACCGAGCAGCUGAUAGAGGCCAUCAACAACGGAGACUUUGAGGCAUACGCUAAGAUCUGCGACCCUGGACUGACUUCGUUUGAGCCAGAGGCGCUGGGCAACCUGGUAGAGGGGAUGGAUUUCCACAGAUUUUACUUUGAGAACCUCUUGGCUAAGAACAGCAAGCCCAUUCACACCACCAUCCUGAACCCCCACGUCCACCUGAUUGGCGAGGAUGCUGCCUGCAUCGCUUACAUCCGCCUGACUCAGUUUGUUGACAGCCAGGGUCGGCCGCGGUCCAGCCAGUCAGAGGAAACUCGCGUCUGGCAUCGCAGAGACAGCAAGUGGCAGAACAUCCACUUCCACUGCUCAGGCGCACCAGCUGCGCCGCUCCAGUGAGGGUUGAAUGCCAUAGCUUUGUCUGUGAGGAGUGCUCUGCUGGAAAGAGAGAGGAAGAGGAGGAGGAGGAAGGGAUGAAAGAACAAGUCCAGUGUCGGUUUGGGGACAGGGCUCCUCGCCCUUCAACAACGAACCCUCCCUCUAUGGACGCCCGGCCUCAACCCCCAGCAUGCAUCUCUUCUUUUACUACUACUACUACUGCCCCCUGUCUGUCUACCUGCCCUACACACCAUCAAACAACAGCAACUCGACAUCCUUCACCCCCUACCCCCAGCUUCCUCUUCUUCCCUCCGGCACACUGGGUGAUUGGUGGGGGUGUGGGUGGGGGUGUUUUCAGCACUCGUGUGAUUCCUUCUUCCCGUGGUCUCUUCCCCCGUCCCCCACAAUUUUUGUGACACCAACCCUCUUGUCCUCCUGUGAAUCUACACUCGUGUGACAUAAACACUGCACUGGAAAUACAGUAUGUAAAGUUUUAAGUAAAAUCUAUUAUUAUCAUUACUAUAUUAUUAUUAUGAUUAUUACACAUUUGCAAUUGUAUAUGUAAUUUGUAUAAUUCGAAAUUCUUGAUGCCAGUGGUUUCUAGAGUUGAAGGAAAUCUUUUUUUUGUUUUUCUCUAUCUUUUUAAGGAAGCAUGUUUUUCCCCAUAUUAACAGUGGCUGUUUUUUAUUGUGGCUAUUAAGUGGAAAAUGAUAUUGGCAGUUUUUGUAAUUUGCUUCUUGUAUGUUCGCUAUAAUACUGCGCCCAAACUCAUGGUCAACUUGUUUUUGUCCGUUGAUUUGUUUGUUGUUUGCUUUGGGGUUUUCCUUUCCUUUUUCUUUUCUUUCGUCUUUUUUCCUCUUUUUUUUUUUUUUUUUUUUUUUUUUUGAAGGGGUGUGCCUGAUGGGUGUCGUGUGAAGCUGGAGAAGUCCUCGUACGCGUGUGACCGUGGUUACGUAAGGCAGACACAUAGCCUGUGCUAGUCCAAAACUAUAAUGACUCUGUACAGUUGGAGGAACCCAUUGUUUUUCCCUUGUUGCAAUGUGAACGGCCGGAGGAGGGGUCAGCUACGCUCUGUGUCUUCCUGCUUCAAAACGUGAACGUUUCAAACAAACAGCAUGCAAUAAGAGUUUUAUCGUGAAUUUACUUCUCCAUCUCCACAUUUAACGCUGUGACGGUAGAAGACCAUGUGCUCCAACACUCUGAACAGUGAGGUCUAAAAAAGAGAAGCAGCAUUGUGAAGAUGCAUAAGAGGAAGAAAGAAAAUAUUUUUUUUCGGUUAGCAACAGUGUUCCCCCCCCUUGAUUUGCAUUUCUGCCACUAUGAGAACAAUAAUUCAAACAAUAUAACAAGAUACUUUAUGUUGGACAAAGAAAGAAAAAACUUAUUCUGUUUUAGCAGAAAACUUCAGACAGCACAUCUCCUUAUCUGAGUAUGAUGAAAUAAGUUGGUCUGUUGUCAUGAAAAGAAAUUAUUUGUAUGUUCCAUGUUGAAAAACAUGAGUUUCCAAAGAAGAAAUAUUACAGCCAGUGACUUAAAGUGAUCACUUAAUAGGGGUACAUAAAAUUAGGGUUACAACUAAUGAUUAUUUUCAGUUAAUCUUUUGGUUUAUUUUGUUCAACCAGCAGUUUAGACCAAGAAAAGCAAUAAAUUCUCACAUAAGAGCCUCGAACAAGAAAAUGUUUGAGUUAUUUUUUUAGUUACUUAAGUAAUUUUGGUGAUUAUUUUUCAGUUAACUGAUCAACCAUAUAUCAGGCAAAUAUGGAAGAAAAAAUCAGCGUGAUAUUUUGAGGUAGCAUUGUUUCUCUGUGUGUAUGCGCAGCUGUGUGGAUACAAGUUUCAGCCGUGUAAAGUAAACUGAGGAUGAUGUUAAGACCAGAAUGAGGCUGAGAAAUAUCAAUAGUCUAACUGGACACCAAACUAUUGGAAUAACAUUGUUUUUGUAUGCAACAAACCACUUUGAACCACUUGUAUAUGAUGUAGUGUACAAAACAGUAAACUGCUGAGUAACAGAUAAGAAAAAAAUAUCAAAAGUACAACUCUCAUUAUAUCAGCAUAUCGACUUGUGACAUGACAAAGGCUUUUAGUCACAGUUAUUUGGUAUGUCACGAUACAGUAACAUCAAAGUAUCUUGUUAUAUUUACAGCAGUGAUUUUUCAUGACAGGAAAUUGAGCACACUUCCUAAACCUCCCUGUCCUCUGCCAUCACACAGUGAUGAUUCACAGAAAUCUCAGUGUGAGCGUAUAGUUCAGCUUUGCCCCGUUUCUACCAGGAGCUUGUGUUUUUGAGUUUUUUUUUUUUUUUUUCCCAGGUGCUGGUGCUAAAAAGGGGAGGGAGGGGAAUGCACUGCUCGUCGCUCCUGCUGUUGCUAGGCGACGGCCGAAUACCCGUUUGAAGCUCAGUGCUCUUUUCCUAAAAGUUGAUAUAUUUUUAACUCGCUAAAAAUCUCGGUGCUGUCUGGAACACAACAGCAGGUCCUUUUUUUCCCGACAAAAUGUCAAACAAAAGAAGUCAGCGCUCUAAAGAAAGGAUCCCGGUGGGUGCGUGACCUUUCUCACUUCCAAAGCCAUAGUGCAGAAAGCUGGUGCUACUGCCUGUUUGUCUAUAAGAAGCACAUACACUUAGGCCCAUAUCAGUGAUGAUGAAUAAAGGAUGUGUGUGCUUGAAGCCUCUACAAGUGGGAGGAUUUUGUAGGGCUUCUCUGUUCUGUGGUCUGGUUCCUCAUUUCAGGACAGUCCUUUGCCACAGGGUGCAAUAUUUGUGUGUGUGUGUGUGUGUGUUUGUGUGUGUGUGUCUGCAAGCAUGUACAGUACAUCCAUUGCUCUCAGUGUGUAUUCUUUACAAGCCCUGGGGGGUUACAUUUUUGAGGUGUGUGUUGUGUAAGAGAUGAUGGAAGGUGAAGGCUUUAUUUCGGAGGACAUAUCAGUCCCCUGCCUUCAGCCCAGGACUUCUUUUUUCUUAUGUUUUGAUCUGUUAUUUUUCACGUUUUACAAGAUGUUUUCCAUGUUUUUACUCUCAUGCCUUGUCGAUUUGUGUUACAGUAAAGUGUUAUCAGCUUAUCAUGAUUAUAAAGUGCUUGUGCCAGGGGUGGCAGGAUUGAACGGAUGGACUUUGCAGCACUGAAGACUGAUUUCGUGGAGGUUUGACUUGCGAUCGGCUCCACUGUACUUUGCUUGUCCACCAUUGGCUGCCUUCACAUUUGUCUCGCCCCUAUUGGUCAGACCAAGAUAUUAAAGAGACUGGGCAGUCGGUUUGGUGAAUAGUCCUCAGGUUUCUAUUUAUUUUCAAUAUUUAUUUAUUUAUUUUAGUGGAUAUUUUUAUUGUGCUUUUUUUCUUUUUUUGUUGUUUUGUUUUCCUAUUGUACAGCUCAUGCACUUGUGCAAGUACUGUCUGUUGUUCAAGGGACACUGCUCCAUGUAAAACAUGUUUUAAAAGGGAUAGUACACCCAAGUUGCAUCCUGCAUGUGUUUUCUGUAACGACCAACAUGGUGUGAAUUACUUUCUCUUUUUUUUUCUUCUGUGACUUCAAAUUUACGCUGGUUUUGAUGUAAUUUUUGCAGUUUUAUUGUGUCCUUUUUUUUGUUCUUCCACUUAGGCCACAUUACCACUUUGCCAGAGUGGGACAUCUAUUACUUUAAAACUCAUAUAUUAAAAUACAGGAUUGUUUUUUGUGUGAGCUAUCCCUCGAAAAAGCUUCAUCGCCUAAAAAAAGGCAAGUGAAGCUUUUUUUUCAAAUGAAGGUUUUUUCAAGGUGAACCACUGAGUCGUUGUAUUGUACUCAUGUCACAGUAACAAUGUUCAUGUGUAGUUGACCCUGAUGUAAUAGUAAAAGGUCAAAGGUUAUCUGAAGGCGUUCAUGCGUGAUCGUGCGAACCAAACAUGACCCCCACCCCCCUCCAAAAAAAAAAAGAAGAAGAAAUAGCAGCAUGUACAGUACAAAGGUGUUGUUCUUCUGUUCUCCUUAGUGUGUUUACUAGCCUUGAAAAUCAGUAUAAUAAGAUUCACAUAUUUAAAAUGAGGGAGUACACAGUGUUACACAACUGCAACUAAUAAGCAGCGUAGCUGGCAUUUUCUUUGCAUGACAGUCAACAGGACACUUGUUUUUUGGUGUUUUCCUUUUUAUUUGGUUUCUCAUUUUCUACUGAAUGCUGGUAUACUCGACCUUUCUCUAUCUAUUUUCUCAGCUUUUUAAGUGCAUAUAACUAUUUUUGUCUCAAGAUGAUAUAAUGAAGAUGAUUAUGAUGAUCAGGAUGAUUAUAUUAAUGACUGUGGCACUUAGGAUGACUAUGAGGAUGUUGUCGGUGAUGAUGAUGAUGAUUAUGAUGAUGAUGUGGUGAAGAUUAUUUCGCAUGCUUUUCUACGGGGCUCUGUGUUGUCAGUGCAGAACGGCUGCCUUUUGUACACAGCUGAGAGAACACACAAGGAGCACAUGUUGACCAUCAGCACCAAGAGUGACUGGUGCCUCACUGAGCCUGCACUGGAGUCCCACUGACAGAUAAGAGGCAGUUCAAAGAGUGGACGUGCUCCAGCAGGGGGCGCAGUCACACAAAGUAAAGCACAAACAGACACAGAUAGAAGGCAGAUUGACGCUUCUAAUGUAGCUGCACAAUAAGUUAACUUUAUAGUGUCAACUCUAACAGACCAUCGAGUCAGAGACAACAGCAGUUUAUCACUGUAGAAUAAGAACCAGCUGCUAUGACGAUUAUUGAUCAGGGCUGCACAAAUGGCACUGAAAAAUCAUGACUGUAUGAUGAAUCAAAGCUGAAGUCGAUGAUUGAAGAUGAUUAAUUGUGCAGCCCUACAUAUGAACUACAGUAACUGUCCUCCUCUAGUCUCUUGAGGCCAGUGUGAGCUCUGCUGCCUGUCAGCUAUUUAGUCAGAUGAAGCUAAACUAUCAGCCACUGUGUUCACUCUGACCCUCUGCCAUCUUCUUUCUCCAGCCAGUGACUGAAGUUGCACUGACAACACUGAGCUGGCUUCUCUUCGUAGGGUCUCUUUCACUCUUUCCCCCCAGUCCCUCUGUUUUCAAUCCUUUUCAGUCAUUUCUCUGCAGUUGGCUCUUUCUAGUUUCCCUUUGUCUCUUUUUGUCAGUUUGGGUUUCUUCUGUAUAAUAAUAUUAAUCCUCUAGUUCUCUGAUUCUUCGGAUUAUUGCUCUGUUCUCUUACGUGCUACACGUGUUUCUCUAACUUCAAGAAAAUGUGUUAAGGUGUUAUCAAUAAAAUGACAAUUUAAAUAGAAAA